GAACCACGACAAUUUUGAAGACUAGGGGCAUCCAGGAGGCUCGGAUGGCACAUCGUAUACUCGUUAUCCGUCUCAGGAUCUGAGGGUGGAGAGAAGGGAACUUGAAGCGUCGACCCAGAGGGUGUGAACGGCAGGACCGAGCUCAUGCAUACAUAUACAGGACAACAGAAUCCGAUGCUUCUCUACUGUUGUCUGAGGGACUCCACCAACAAUGCUGGACAGAUCACGUACUGUCUCACGCGGCAAACUUUUCGAAAGCGAAUGCGACAGCCAACAGGUGAGUUUCCGUUUAGUAAUAUGUUCAUCUGCUCGCCCAGUGUCAAAAGUUGGAUGCACGUUGGCAAGUCAAAGAAGGAGAAGGAGAUGAGAUGGCAAGCGACUUUUGUACACAAUGCUCUAAAAGUCAGAUGCGGCUGGAAUACAUGUACAGUAACAGAAGACAUGAAAAAGAUGAAAGAAAAAGGAGACAGAGGUGAUCGAGGUUGGGGGAGAGAAGGCGUUGUAGGUGAAGAUGGGUGCAGGGGUUUGAGAGGACAAAAUCCACACGACACAACAAAAGUCUCUCCAUCGCUUUCUAAAAAAACAUCCGCGAUACAGGGGAAAGGUGGAAGUUUGAAAUGGUCGUUUUUGUUGUUUUUGUGUGGUUGGCUCUCUCGUCUAUAAGUCCUUUUUUCUUUACCCAGCAUUAAAAAGUCGAAUGGUCGGAGGUAAGUAAUCCUCUAACCGAUAACCAUGGAGUUCUCCUCGGGGAAGUCGUACUCGGGAACCUCGAGGUUCAGGGGGGCGGGACCCUUGCGGAUACGGCCAGAAAUGUCGUAAUGUGAACCGUGGCAAGGGCAGAACCAGCCGCCAAAGUCACCAGCCUCGCCAAUGGGCACACAACCCAAGUGGGUGCAGACACCUG